ACCGGUAAUAGCGGCGCAGCUGUUCAAGGCUGACAAACAAGUUUAUGUUCGCAUAAUUUGUGGUUUUAUCUAGUUAUGACCGUUCGUUGGCCGCUGUUAGUGAAAGUAAGGGGCUUGAGCAUAACAACAAUUGGCGAUUUAUAAAAAUAACAUGAGCCCGGUGCAAGCAUAUGAUUAUAUCGACCAAACAAAAUGCAUUGUAAAUUAAACUGUAACAAAUUAAAAAGUGCGCCGCCAGCUGUCAAAAAUGCGCAUGGCCACACUUAACAGCGUUGCUCCUCACUUAACAGAUGUGCAAUCCAGCUUUGCUCCACACGAUACAGACUAGCUAACAACUGGUCAUACUAUUUCUUUAAGUUAUCGCCUCUUUUCAAUCGAUAACUGCAUCGAUAGUAGCACGUUUUGGUUUAAUUGGAAUAUUGCAAAAAUGAGCAUAGCCACAAGCAAAUUGUUGCUUAAGAACAUGCCCUGCAGCAUGCUCGAAUUCGCACAGUUAAUUCAAGAGGCAAACCUGAUUAUACCUCGUUCACUAAAUGCCUUUGGACGCCGACGCGCGCUGCUUGAUUAUGCCGACGCCGAAGAGGCGCAAUCCGCCCUAGAACAGCUGUUGGGAUUAAACGAAAUACUGGACAAGCCGUUACGCGUCAGCUCGUUCGGACCGCGUUCCAAUGAUAGCACCAAGCCGAAGCUCGCCAACAAAUCUACACAAGCAACAGCUCAGGCUCAGACGGCGGAUGCCUCCUCCCAACCAGAGAUCAAAAAGUAUGUGCAAAAGUUGUAUGCCCGCAAUAAUCAAUGUGACUUUAUGCAGCCACCACCGCCAUAUCUGCGCUAUGCGUAUCCGCCCAUCAAUGCCGACAUUCUGGCCGCCAUAGGAAAUACACUCAAGAAUGACAAACGCUUCUACGUGCAGGUGCUUCAUCUCAUGAACCGCAUGAAUUUAAUGCCACCCUUUGGCCACCGACCUGCAGGUCUCCAUCUCCCAGCACAGCAGUCCCAAAGUGUUACGACGCAAACAGAAGUGCUCCAAAGCGAGUCUGAAAGCGAGCUGGAGAGCGAUGAGGAGCACAAGCAGCAGCAAAAACAGCCAAAGCUAAAGCGCCCAGCAGAAAGCGCGGUUCUGGAGCAGUAUCGCAAGCGUGCCCGCCAAAUGCUGCAGGUGGCUGCCAGUGAGCCAGGCAAAAGUGCAGCAGUCAAAGAAAACAUGGAUGUACCCGCCAUUGCUGCGCGCAAAAUUGAACUAAAGCUGCCAACAACCUUGCCGGUUGUUAACCAGCUGCCGGCAGAACGUCUGUCAUCUGAGCAACUGCAAGAGCUGCCUGUCUACAAGAACUACAAAGUGGGCGAGCCUAGCAACAAGUUGUACAUUAAAAAUCUUGACAAGAGCAUAACGGAGUCACAGCUAAGAACGCUCUACGCUCAAUACGCACCAGCUGAGAGUCUGGACAUUAAAGUAAUGCAGCAGGGCCGCAUGAAGGGACAGGCCUUUGUCACAUUCCUCGAUUCCAAUAAUCAGACGGCUGCAGCGGCGGCGGUGGUGGUGGCCAAAGCCUUGACCGAAACGAACGGUCUGCUCUGGCAUCAGAAGCCCAUGAUCGUUUGCUAUGGAAAGCAGCAGCAGCAGCAGUCGCAGCAGCUGUAGCAGCGAGAAGGUGCAACAUGAAAUAGUUAUUUUUUCAGUAUUUCCAAUUGUUAAAUUUGACUGAAGUGUUACGAAAAGUAGCUUGAAAUCCAUUGAACCCAUGAAUCUUCUUAAUAGGAAUAGGUCAUGCAUCUUCAUAUUUGUUGCCCAUGUAAGUCGAUGCAUGUACAUUCAAUUAUUUGGCAUAUAAAGUCCUUAUUGACACCUCUGCCACAAAAUGAAUUUCCGUAGGAGUCAUUUUUUAUAUGAGUUGUUGUUGUAAUAAGUUUCUCUCAGCAGUAUAUUAAAGUAGCAAAAAGUUUGAAUGUGUAAAUGAAAAAGCCAUUAGAUUGAAAAAAUGUAAAUAAUCGUAUCGUAAGGCAAGCAAACAUUGUAAUUUAAACAGUUUAUUAUUUGUAAUCGCAGUAGCAGCUUUGUAGACAUGUAAGAGAGUCAGGCAAAAGUAGUUUGUAUAUUUUCAUUCCUAGUAUAACUACAAGUUGCCAAGAUAUCACAUAGUAUUUCAUAUAUUUUCUAAAAAACAAAACAAAAACUGAAAAAAAAGU